AUGGGAAUGCCAAAUGAGACCACGGUGACUGAAUUCAUCUUGAUUGGGUUAUCCGAACACCCCCAAGCAAGGGCUGUGUUCUUCUCUUUCCUUUUGAUAGCCUAUCUCAUCAGCUUCCUUGGGAACAGCCUCAUCCUCAUAUUGAUUAUUGCCGACUCCCGCCUUCAUUCUCCCAUGUAUUUCUUUCUCUGCAUCCUCUCUUCAUUAGACCUCAUCCUCUCCAACAAUGCACUGCCUGAGAUUCUGGUCAACUGCUUCUUUUACAGGCCCACCGUCAACUUCUACAGGUGUUUGGUUCAGAUGUAUGUCGGUCUGUUUCUUGUUUCGACAGAAUGCGUCCUUCUGGCCAUCAUGGCUUACGACCGCUUUGCCGCUAUCUGCCAGCCCCUUCACUACACGCAGAUCAUAAGCUGGAGACUUUGCAUCAGUCUGGCGACUGCAUCCAUGGCUUUCUCCUUUGUCGUAACCCUUAUCACCAUGCUGCUCCAGCCAACUGACUUCUGUGGACGAAAUAUCAUUAACCAUUUUGCGUGCGAGCUGCAGUCGUUCCUCAAGCUGGCCUGCUCUGACACACUUGCUAGUGAGCUCUUCAUGCACAUUUCCAGCCUCUUUCUUCUAAUCCCACCCUUUGGUUUCAUUGUUGUGACCUACGGGCGCAUCGGCUUAGCGGUCCUGCGCAUUCGGUCGACGCAGGGUCGCAAGAAAGCCUUCUCCACCUGCAGUUCUCACCUCACGGUGGUCAGUGUCUUUUAUGGGACAAUCAUGAUCAUGUACUUGAAACCCGAAGCAAAAUCUGCUUCUGAUCAAGAUAAGGUCAUUUCUUUAAUGUACGGGGUCUUAACUCCCAUGCUCAACCCGGUGAUUUACAGCUUGAGGAACAGGGACGUGAAGGGAGCGUUCUGGAAAGUGUUUGGAAAGAAAACAUCUGAAUAA